UGUAUUAGAUGGAAUAAUAAGUACUUCUUUAAGCAAAGAUAGCUUAUUUUUUAGGGAAUUUUAAUAAAGUUUUAGAAAUAUGGUAAUAGAAUGAUUUUGAUGAUGAUUAUUAUAAUUUUUUGGUAUCAAGAGCAUUAAUUGCAGCUCGAGAAUUGAAACCAAAAACAAUAAGAUUAACAAAGAAACCUUCUUCUAAACUAUUAGAGAUAACAGAUAUUGUUAGCAGAUUUAUGGGUCCAUAAAUAGAAUAACAAAGAGCUGAUACUACAAUUGAUGAAGAUCGAAAAUAGAUUGAAGAUGUAUUGAAAAAACUUAAAGACAUUAUUCCUCAAUAAAACUAAAAAAUAAUUUAAAUAAUAUGUGCAUAUAUGUCUGUAAAUUCUUGUGAAGCAUAAUAUGCACUUCAAUUAGAAUUACCAAAAGAUGCAUUUCAAUAAGAAUUACUAUUUCUUUAAUUUAUGAUAUACUUGAGAGGAAGAAGAUUUGAUUUGGCAGAAUCUACUUUAUUAGAUUUAAGAAGAUUUGAUGAUGAGGAUAUUCUCACAUAUUUAGCAUAGAUUUAUUUAAAUGUAAAUUAUUUAAUUAUAAUUUUUAGCUUUAUAAUGGAUAACCAGAAUAAGCAUUUAAAUCAAUUUAAGAAACUAAAGAUCGAUUUGGGGAUUCCUCUAAAUUAAUGAAUUUAAUGAUUACUUGUCUAAUCCAGUAUAAUAUUCUAAAGUUAGCAUUUUAGUCAAAAUAAAUUUGAAGAAGCUUUUGAAUCUGGAUAGAAAGUGAAAACACUCAUUAUUGAUAAUGAAUAAUUUUCAGAUCGCCAAGAAAUUGAAGUUUGUCUAUCCAACUUAAUUAUUUUAAGUGAAUUACUUAAUAAAUAAUAAUAAAAAGAAGAAUACAUUUAAGUUUUAGAAUAAAUUAAUAAGUCCUGUCAUUUUUUAAAGCGAUACUAAGAGAAAAUAAAGAAAAUUGAUUAAUUAUCAUGA